UUUAAUUUCUCUACGAUUUUUGGUUGGGUUAGGAAAAAAAAAAGGUAAUUGAUUAGCUUUUAUACAAGGUCUUCACUGUUGAUCUUUGACUGCUUUAUUUAGUAAUAUCUUCGUUGCUGUUUUGAAGGCUCCUUUUUUUUUGAAGCUUGAACAAGAAGUGAAAGAUGGGAGCUUGAUUAUUGUGUGUUUAUUGGUGAUAUUAUUGUUAUUAUGAUGGUAAAAUGAGGGACUUUAGACCAUAGGAAAGAGAUCAGUAUAAAGCGAAGGGAGAGGAACGGGGUACUGAGAUAGAAAUGUGUGAGUUUUACAAUAAAGAGGGAAAAAAGAGAGUAUUUUUUCUUGCUUUAUGAUUUGUUAAUGAGGGAAGAAUUGAGUAGAAAAACACCGACUUUCAUUCAUUUUUGUUUCAUAUCUCUUUUGUAUGACCUAGAUGUAAUGUGCCUUUGGAGGUGCUUGUCACUGCAGUGAAUUUAGAGUGUGUUGGGGGGAGCGGUGGAGGGGUUUUAAAAAUCUUUCUUUUUUGGUUCCUUGAGAAUCUGUGUUGUUUUAAUUUUUUGGAAAAAGGGAGGGUCUAAAAGAUGCCCAUGUUUCAACCCUCAAGGAGGGAUGGGGUUGUUGUUGCUGGAUUUGAUGGCAGUGGUGAUGGGCAGGUUCUAGAUCUGGACACUGCUGUUAAAGAUGGGGUUUUGGGUGGUGUUGUUGGUGGUGGAGUCAUUGGUGGUGCUGUUGGUGAGAAAUUGGAUCUGAAAAAAAUGAUUGAAGAGCUUGAUUUACCUGAGAUUCCUUCUGUGUUUAUUUGUCCAAUCUCCCUUGAGCCAAUGCAAGACCCUGUUACCCUUUGCACUGGCCAAACUUAUGAGAGGUCCAACAUUCUCAAAUGGUUCAAUUUGGGGCACUAUACUUGUCCCACUACAAUGCAGGAGCUUUGGGAUGAUUCUAUUACCCCAAAUAGAACCCUUUACCAUUUGAUUUACACUUGGUUUUCGCAGAAGUUUUCGCUUAUGAAGAAGAGAUCAGUGGAUGUACAAGGAAGGGUAAGUGAGCUUCUAGAGACAUUGAAGAAGGCUAAGGGUCAAGCCAGGAUUCAAGCCUUGAAGGAGCUGAAGCGAGUUGUGUUAGCACAUGCUACGGCUAGGAAGACGACGGUUGAUGAAGGUGGGGUUUCUGUAAUUUCAUCCUUGUUAGGCCCGUUUACCUCCCAUGCGGUUGGUUCAGAAGCAAUUGGGAUUCUUGUCAAUUUGGAGCUUGAUUCAGAGUCCAAAACCAAUUUGAUGCAACCGACGAAGAUUUCAUUGAUGGUGGACAUGCUGAAUGAAGGGUCAGUAGAGACAAAGAUCAAUUGUACGCGAUUGAUGGAGAAGUUUAUGGAGGAGAAGGAAUUUCGCUCAGAGAGCAUCUGCAGCCAUCGGCUGUUGGUUGGUCUAAUGCGUUUAGUGAAGGAUAAGAGGUAUUCGAAUGGAAUUUUGCCUGGACUUAGCUUCCUCAGAUCUAUAUGCUUGCAUAAAGAAGUCGGGAGCUUGAUUGUGAGUAUUGGAGCCAUUUCUCAAUUGGUCGAAUUGCUACCUGCUUUGGAGCCCGAUUGCUUGGAAUUAGCCCUUAUCAUAUUGGAUACAUUAUCUUCUCUACCUGAGGGUAAAUUAGCUUUGAAGGAUUGCGCAAACACGAUUCCGAAUAUGGUGAGGCUGUUGAUGAGAGUUUCAGAAAGCUGUACUCAAUAUGCAUUGUCAAUUUUGUGGUGUGUAUGUAAACUUGCCCCUGAGGAAUGCUCUUCAGUUGCUGUAGAAGCAGGUUUAGCAGCCAAGCUGCUUCUCGUGAUCCAGAGUGGCUGCAAUCCUGUCUUGAAGCAAAGGUCUGCAGAGCUCUUGAAGUUAUGUAGCCUAAAUUAUACAGACACCAUCUUUAUUUCAAAGUGCAAGCUCACAAGGACAAUCCAAUGAGAGGGAAAUUUUGCUUCCAAUCUUUCACACAGCAUUUUUCUAACGAGGCAAGGGCUAAAGGGCCUUCCCCAUUUGGUUCAACAAAUCUUCCAAGAAUGAACGAUCGAUAUGAGAUGGGAGUUUGAGGUAUGAAUUAGCUCUUUUGUAUAUAUUAAGCACUUCAAUUCCUGCAAUUGAUUCAACUUACAUAAAGAACACUCAUAAUGUGGACAAGAAAAACACAUUUCUUGCUGCAAUGGAAUUAUGUCAAGUUCUCUUUUCCAAUGCCUUGUCAAAUAAACCUUCCCAAAAGAAGAAAUGAUGUAAAAAUGUUUUAUGUGGAAUAGAUUAGUGUUGAGGUGGUAUAUUAUUGGAUACCAAUACGAGUAAGAGAAGUGCAAUUUGUGCAAGUCUCUGGAACUUGCAAUUACAAUAGUAAUGGACAAAGAAUUGCUUUGCUUCUUGGGCCCUUUCUCCAAUGUUGUACCUAUGGUAGGGGCCUUCCGAUUUUCGAUUUGGGUUUUAGUUGGAGUUUCGCUUUUAGCUCCACAAUUGUAGAGACUGGAAUGCCUUUGGACUUCAAUUGUCUAUUCAAUGCGUACAAUGAAAGUAACCAUUUCUUCUUAUUAUCCAUUCUGCAUUUUCAUUCAUUUAAGAUUAUGCUAUCAUUGUCUUUCGCAGUCCAUUCAGUUUAACUCAUUGUUAGCCCUCAAAGAAAAAUUAACAAAAGGGCUUAUUUCUUAUCAUGGUGGAUCCCUGGUCCUGGAAGUUAGAAUUUAGAAAAAGAGAGGGUCUUAGCUUUUACACACCGCUGAACUUUUACUAUUUCGGGGGGUUCACUGUGCACAUCUGGGUCCAUUUAUGUACUUUAUAUAUCCCUUUGUGGGAGCAGUUGAGGACAGCACCCAUCGUCACCUCUCUUUCAGUCACUGUUGUAAUGAAAAGAAAGAAAAGGAAGCUGAGAACUUUCACCCCACAGAUUGGCAAGAAGCUCCGAAUUGAGAUUGCAGCAUUGCCAGUGUAACCAAUGCAUGCUUCUGCAGAAACAAGUGGGAUUCUUAUCUGGAACGAAGAAAUAUCUUUGUCAAUUAAGUGGUUUUUAAGUUUUUACAUGCAUUUGUUAUGGAAAAUUUAUAUCAUCUAUUUCCAGGGAUUUGUGGUGGGAGCUAUUUGGUCUUUCUAUUUUUCAGAGAACAAAAACCGUUUGUUGUAUUUUGAUACUUUUGGCUUUGUUCACCAUUUCCUUCUCUCUCUCUCUCUCUGGUGUGUUUGAUUCACCAACAAGAA